UGCCCGGGUGCUGAGCGGCUCCAGAGCUGCUGGGGGCAGAGGGCCGCCCGCUUCCGCCCCGCGCACACGCGGCCUGGGCAGAAGCACGUCCCACCUGGGGACCCCCUUUCUUUCUGGGCUCCGGCGCUUCCGCCUCCGGGGCGGAGACUCCUCCCCUCUCCGUCCCAGUCGCCUUCCCGGGGAGAGCGGCCCGAACAGCCUCCGCCCGCCGGCCCCCUCCCGCAGCCCGGCCGCCCCGGCCCGCGCGGCUUCAGCACCGCGGACAGCGCCCCGCCCGCGGCAUGGCCCUGCGCUCUGGUCCCGCCGCGCUGCUGCUCGGCUGCGGCCUCCUCGGGCUGCGCGCAGGCGUCUGGGGUACUGACACAGAGGAGCGGCUAGUGGAGCACCUCCUAGAUCCUUCCCGGUACAACAAGCUCAUUCGCCCAGCCACCAAUGGCUCUGAGCUGGUGACCGUUCAGCUCAUGGUGUCGCUGGCCCAGCUCAUUAGCGUGCAUGAGCGGGAACAGAUCAUGACCACCAAUGUCUGGCUGACCCAGGAAUGGGAAGAUUAUCGCCUCACCUGGAAGCCUGAGGAGUUCGACAACAUGAAGAAGGUUCGGCUGCCUUCCAAGCACAUCUGGCUGCCGGAUGUGGUCCUAUACAACAACGCCGACGGCAUGUACGAGGUGUCCUUCUAUUCCAACGCCGUGGUCUCCUACGACGGCAGCAUCUUCUGGCUGCCGCCCGCCAUCUACAAGAGCGCCUGCAAGAUCGAGGUGAAGCACUUCCCCUUCGACCAGCAGAACUGCACCAUGAAGUUCCGCUCGUGGACCUACGACCGCACGGAGAUCGACUUGGUGCUCAAGAGCGACGUGGCCAGCCUGGACGACUUCACGCCCAGUGGCGAGUGGGACAUCGUGGCGCUGCCGGGCCGGCGCAACGAGAACCCGGACGACUCCACGUACGUGGACAUCACGUACGACUUCAUCAUCCGGCGCAAGCCCCUCUUCUACACCAUCAACCUCAUCAUCCCCUGCGUGCUCAUCACCUCGCUGGCCAUCCUCGUCUUCUACCUGCCGUCCGACUGCGGCGAGAAGAUGACGCUGUGCAUCUCCGUGCUGCUGGCGCUCACCGUCUUCCUGCUGCUCAUCUCCAAGAUCGUGCCGCCCACCUCGCUGGACGUGCCGCUGGUGGGCAAGUACCUCAUGUUCACCAUGGUGCUGGUCACCUUCUCCAUCGUCACCAGCGUGUGCGUGCUCAACGUGCACCACCGCUCGCCCACCACGCACACCAUGGCGCCCUGGGUCAAGGUCGUGUUCCUGGAGAAGCUGCCCGCGCUGCUCUUCAUGCAGCAGCCGCGCCACCGCUGCGCCCGCCAGCGCCUGCGCCUGCGGCGGCGCCAGCGCGAGCGCGAGGCGGGCGCCCUCCUCUUCCGAGAAGCCCCCGGGGAGCCGGCGGGCCCGGCGCAAGGCUGCGGGCUCCGCGCGGCGGUGGACGGCGUGCGCUUCAUCGCGGACCACGUGCGCAGCGAGGACGACGACCAGAGCGUGAGCGAGGACUGGAAGUACGUCGCCAUGGUGAUCGACCGUCUCUUCCUGUGGAUCUUUGUCUUCGUCUGUGUUUCUGGCACCGUCGGCAUGUUCCUGCAGCCUCUCUUCCAGAACUUCUCCGCUGCCGCCUUCCUGCACGCCGACCGCUCGGCGCCCAGCUCCAAGUGAGGCCCUCCCCGGCCCGCGCUCCUUCGGCUCCUUCGGCUCCUUCGCCCGUGCCUGUUGCCAGUAGUUGGGGCGGAGGUGGGACAAGUGAGCUGGGGGCGGGGAGGGGGGGAGGCCGCCGCAGAUCCAUUCUUUCCCGCCCCCCCGGGCCCCUCCCCAGCACCCGUGGCGGCACACGGCGGCCGGCCUGUCCCCUCGCACCGGCCAGGCAGGCUGGUGGGGCACGAAGGCUGACGAGGGAGAAUG